GCCGAACCGACGAUAUUAUCAGAUAGGAAGUUCCUAAAAACAGAGAAAGCUGUGUCACGAAUCUCUCUGAUUUUAGCUUUCUCACAUAACUCUCUUCAGGGACGAAUCUUCUCAUAAGUAAUGGAUAUUUUCUCGAAUCCAAAGGAUUUUGGGUUAAAAAAAAAAAAUAAUUGAGAAAAUGGAAAGAUUAUGUGAGUUUUGCAAAGCAUAUAGAGCGGUGGUUUAUUGUAUAGCCGAUGCAGCAAAUCUUUGUCUAACAUGUGAUGCAAAGGUUCAUUCAGCUAAUGCACUCUCAGGGAGACAUUUACGCACGCUUUUAUGCGAUUUUUGUAAAAAACAGCCUUGUGUUGUUCGAUGUUUGGGUCACAAAAUGUUUUUCUGUAAAGGAUGCAACGACAAGGUCCAUGGUAGUGUCACGUCUAAGCAUCAUAGACGUGAAGUGAGCUGUUAUACGAGUUGCCCUUCUGCUAAAGAUUUCGCUGUUAUGUGGGGUUUUCGAGUUACAGAUGAUGAUGAUGCUUCGUUAGAGAAAUCUUUUUCAAUGGUUAAACCUAAGAUGCAAAGAGAAGCUGGUUAUAUCUUGGAACAGAUUCUUGAACUGGAGAAGAUUCAGCUCAAGAAAGAGAAUGGUGGUUAUUCAUUGACAGAACAAGCUGAGCCUUCUCCAUUGGAGCUUCCACAACAAUCUGAAGAUCGAUUAAUCGAUCUUUCACAGACUGGGAAAGAGCUGAUUGUUGACUUUUCACACUUGUCUUCAUCUUCCACACUUGGUGAUUCCUUUUGGGAAUGCAAAAGUCCAUUUAACAAGAACAGUCAGUUGUGGUAUCAAAACCUACAAGACAUUGGAGUUUGUGAAGAGACAGUUUGCGAUGACGAUGACUUCCAUAUACCUGACAUUGAUCUCACUUUCCGAAACUUUGAAGAGCUUUUUGGAGCUGAACCUGAUCCAACUGCAGACAGUAACAACGUCUUAUUUGUGGGAACACCAGCUCGCAAACCGCGUGAGAUGAAGACAUUUUCUUUACCAUUCAAUAAUUCCAUAUUUGCACCAGCUUCCUCAUCUCGUUCAUUCUCAAGUUCCAACGAAGGAGGAAGCAGUCACAAUCACUCAGAGGAAGUAAUCUCUUUUUGUUCCCCUCUCUCUAACAAUGCACGUUCAAACGCCAUCUCAAGGCUCAAGGAGAAGAAGAGGGCAAGAACAGAGGAGAAACAAGCUUAGUAUUGUCCCAAGAAAGCACAAAAGAUAGUCGCGGUACAAUUGCAUAGCUACUGAAUUGCUACAUCUCUUUGUUCAUCACCAUAAUGCCUUUGUACAUAAGAUACUAAUCUAGCUGUUCAUCUUAUUUACGUAAUUCAGUUUCUUGCAUGCAACUGUGAAUGAAGCCUAGUUCUUGUUAAUGAUUUAUUUGUUUCA